UCCUUGUCUCGUGAUUCAAAAAUCCCCCAUUAGUCCCAUCGAUACAAUUUUCCUCGUCUCGUGAUUCAAGAAUCUCUCGUUAAUCCUUCUUUUUAUCUCUGCUUCUUUGCUUCCUUAGGAAGCUGUCCCGGUCUCUUCCUUUUCUUGUCGAUAAAUUUCAAUUCAUUUCUCUUUUCCAAUAUGCACGCCAAGACAGACUCUGAGGGAACCAGUGUUGACACCUCAUGGCCGCCGCGAUCACCAACGCGGCGACCGAUGUACUACGUACAGAGCCCCUCAAACCACGACGUGGAGAAAAUGUCAUAUGGGUCUAGCCCAACUGGUUCGCCAGCCCACCAUUACUACCAUUGUUCACCUAUUCACCACUCUCGAGAAUCCUCCACGUCGCGUUUCUCGGAGUCUCUUAAGAAUCCCAGAAGCCUCUCUGCCUGGAAGCACGUAAAGAUUAAUCAGGAUGACAAUGAUGAUGAUGAAAUGGACGGCGAUGAUGGUGGUUCAACUCGGAAUGUGAGAUUGUAUCUGUUUGGGUUAAUUAUCUUCGUGUUGCUGUUCACUAUCUUCUGCUUGAUUUUGUGGGGCGCCAGUAAGGCCUACAAGCCUGAAAUCUUCGUUAAGAACAUGGUUUUCGAGAACUUUAACGUGCAAGCCGGAAAUGAUCAGACAGGAGUUCCAACAGACAUGCUGUCAUUGAAUUCUACGGUGAAGAUUCACUACAGAAAUCCCGCCACAUUCUUCGCCGUGCACGUCACCUCUACUCCUCUGGAGCUACAUUAUUACCAGCUGAAGAUCGCCUCUGGGCAGAUGAAAAAGUUCAGACAAUCAAGGAAGAGCCAGAGGAGAGUGAUAACAGUAGUGCAAGCUUCUGAAAUUCCACUGUAUGGAGGAGUGCCACUUCUUGCCAAUGCAAAAGAUCACAUAGAAAAAGUAGCAGUGCCAUUGAAUCUGACAUUUGUGGUGAGGUCAAGAGCUUACAUUUUGGGAAGAUUGGUUAAGUCCAAAUUCUACAAACAUAUCAGAUGCCCAGUUACUCUUCAUGGAAACAAACUUGGCAAUCCCAUUGAUUUGAAAUCUUCUUGUAUUUACCAUUGAAGAAGGAUGUUAAUUAAGCUUCUGCUUUUCUCUGUCUCUAGUGAAUAUCAACUCUUACUAAUUCAUGUAGGUAUUGCUUUUUUUA